GUGUAAUGGAACGAAUUUUAGUAUUGGAAACAGUUUCAAACCAUCAAGAUGUAUUUUGGGACGCUAAUCAUAUGUGUUGUACUAGUAAAUGUGCAGAGUCAAGGAAUUCAAGAGACGAGAAUAGUAAACAUAGACCAAGGACCGGUGCGAGGAUAUAAGAAUCCAGGGGAGGGAUUCUAUUCGUUCUACAACAUACCCUUUGCAACUGUUAGGGAAAGAUUUAAGGCGCCAUCUCCACCACCCACAUGGACAACACCUUUCGAUGCCGUAGAUCGGGGCAUCAUUUGCCCUCAGGGUCCUGUGUCAUAUGUCGACUUAACCAACAAGACCAUGCAAGAAGAUUGCCUUGUUAUAAACGUAUACGUUCCUGAGACAAAUAAGACCAAUCUCCCUGUCCUUGUAGACGUUCACGGCGGAGCCUUUCAUGCUGGAUUCGGAGCAACAUACUCUUAUAAUUCAUUUGCUACGUCAAAUAAUGUUAUCAUAGUUACCUACAACUACCGGAUCGGCAUACUAGGGUUCAUAUGUAUGGGCACAGAGAAUAUUCCGGGUAAUGCUGGCAUGAAAGAUGUAGUUGCAGGCCUUCGGUGGGUGCAACGAAACAUUGCAAGCUUUGGAGGAAACCCUAACGAUGUAACUCUAACUGGCUGUAGCGCUGGUGGUUCGGCAAUUGAUCUCCUGCCUCUGUCAAAUAUAACGAGAGGACUAUUCAAUCAAGUUAUAAUAGACAGUGGAUCAAAUCUUGCUACUUAUGGGGUACAAUCGAAUCCCAUUGAAGUGGCGAAACAACAUGCUGAGUUAUACAAUUUCACAGACUUCCAUAAUUUCGAUGCUGUGGAGCGAUUCUUCUUGACUGAACCAUUUGAUACAUUUAUAAAAAUAAAUUCUAACUGCGGACCAUGCGUAGAACGCGAUGUAGGUGAAGAGAUGUUUUUGACUGAAGCUCCGUACACAAUUUUGAACAGAGGAGAUUAUAUAAAAUAUCCGACGUUGUACGGGCUGAGUGACAUGGAAGGAUUAUUCCCUCAUGAAGCAAUAGAAGUAAUAAGUCAGAUUUUGGAAAGUAACUUCGCAAACUUUCUGCCAAGCGAUUUGCAAUUUAGCAGCGAAGAAGAAAGACAACGCGUAGCUGAAUCAGUGAAGUAUUUUUAUUUCGGGAAUGAAAGUAUUGCAUCAAAUUUUUUGAAACUCGUCGACUUUCAGUCUGAUAUAACUUUUGUAACUUCCAUAUUGAGAACUGUGAAACUGAAUGUAAACGCUGGUCAUAGGGAGUUCUAUUUGUAUGAGUAUUCUUUUUAUGAAGAAGAUGCUGUGAUUAAAGGGGCACCCCAUUGUGCCCAAGCACGGGCUGCGAGAGAUGAAGACGAAACCAACCUUACAGAGGACUACAGGAGGGUUAAGACUUUCAUAAGAGAAUUUUGGUUUAACUUCAUGACUGCUGGAAAUCCAGUAAUCAACGCGACACCAGUCGCCUCAUGGCCUACAGUGGGUCAAAACCGAUCUCCUCAUCUGUCCGUGGGUCGAAGCAUAGAGCUUCGUGGUCCACUAAUGCAGGAACGAGCUGAAUUUUGGGAUGCGAUAUAUGAGCGACACUACAGAGUGCCAGUACCACCUACCAGAGAUUCCGCCAGUUCACUAGCACCAAGAAAUGUUGCAAUUAUAGCAAUUCUUUUAACUAUUUAUACUCUUUUGUAGAUUUAUAAUUGUAAUCAGAUAGUGUACAAUUUAUGACUGUCGUAUUUAGAUAAGUAUUUAUUUUUAUUAAAAAUGAUGUAAUCUUCGA